GCGUGUUCAGAGUAGAGUUUCAGUGAGAAGAGGAAGGUCGUGGAGAGUCUCGCAUUCCCAAGCUCAGAGGCGCCUGUACGGAUUUUCUGUUUUAUAAAUAAAAUUAACAAAUGAAGGAAAGAAGGUCGUGCCAGAAGUCGUCCUUUCAGCCCGGAAUGGACGCGAGUCAGAACGUUAAAUGUAAGAUAGUGGUGGUGGGAGACAGUCAGUGUGGGAAGACAGCUUUACUUCAUGUUUUUGCUAAGGACUGUUUCCCUGAGAACUAUGUGCCCACCGUGUUUGAGAAUUACACAGCGAGUUUUGAGAUUGACACUCAGAGGAUUGAGCUCAGUCUGUGGGACACCUCAGGCUCACCAUACUACGAUAACGUCAGGCCGCUGUCAUACCCCGACUCGGACGCCGUCAUCAUCUGCUUUGACAUCAGCCGCCCAGAGACGCUGGACAGUGUUCUUAAAAAGUGGAAAGGAGAGAUCCAGGAGUUCUGCCCCAACACAAAGAUGCUGCUAGUCGGCUGCAAGUCGGACCUGAGAACAGACCUCAACACGUUAGUGGAGCUGUCCAAUCACAGACAGAUGCCAGUGUCGUAUGAUCAGGGUUCCGCGAUGGCUAAACAGAUCUCAGCUCCGUACAUCGAGUGUUCAGCGCUGCAGUCGGAGAACAGCGUGCGGGACAUUUUCCACGUGGCCACUCUCGCCUGCGUCAACAAGAACAGCAAAACUGUCAAACGCAACAAAUCCGUGCGCUCGGCCAAGCGCAUCUCACACAUGCCUGGCAGGCCCGACCUGGCUGCCGUGGCAACAGACUUCCGCAAGGACAAAGCCAAGAGCUGCACAGUCAUGUGAUCUCGUCUAAAGAGAGAGAGGCAUUCUGGGACGUGCGGGUGGAGAAACAGUGGGAGAAAGGGGAUAACCAUACAAGGGGGGGUUUAAAAAAAAAAAAAAAAACAAAAGAAAAGAAAAAAAAAAGUUUAAAACGGGCACAGUGAAGGAGAGACUCUUUCCUCUCCUGGUUUGCAAUGCUGUAUGCAACCAUUCCGCUUCCUGUAACCUGACAGCAAGUGGAAACUGUCCUAAAGCCAUGCCUCACCCAUUCCCCCUAACCGCAUCCCUUUAGAGGAAGUGCACUCCCUCUAUCCCAACAGGAGGCCACGCUUCCGGAUCCUGAAAGAAACGCGCUUCCCGACGGGAGGCGAAACAGGAACUUGGGGCUUCAGCAGAAAAUUUGAGGAGGAAUUGGCGUCAGAGUUGAACUGUCACAUCUGAGACAUGUCUUAUCUUCACUUUCUUUUAUUUGAUUAGCAAGAGAGAACACCAGGUUGAGGCGUAUAAACGGCUCCUGAAGAGCACCGAGAGAGAAGUGGGUUUGAGGAAGGAAGCCGAAUCUUGGACUGCGUGAAACGUUCGCUUCUCUCCUUACUGAAAAUAGCAUGGAGCAGAAGAGAAAUAUCUGUUUAUCACUGUGCUUUUGAUUCAUUUCUCUUUUUGCAUGGCUGCUUAUCCAGAUGUUCGCUCUCUUUACAGCUGAGCUCAGCUAAAAUUCUUGCGCACAUGCGGUCACCAUGGAUACACCACUUCUACAACCCAUCUUUAGCCAUUUCAAAAGCAGAUCACAUUUUUUGAGGUUUUAUUUUUUUUUUAUAGAAAGAGGAUUUGAGUCACUUUCUAACUCCCUGGCACUGUGGCUAGGACUAAAUAAUUCACCACACAGAUUGGGUCAGGAUAGAAGGGUUACUCUGAGCUCCCGUUAAACAGAUUUGCCAAAAAUAAGCGCGCGGUCCUCGUGUAAUGUCUUCCGCGUGGAACGCGGGGGUCGUAAAGAUACGUGUCUCUGAUAUCGUGUUUGCUGAAGACCACAAUUAUUCGAACUUCAAUUCAUGCGACAAGCUGUUCAGUAGAGUUUGAUCAAAGACAGAAGGACAAUCUUCCAACAGUAGCUUCACCUUCUCCUAGGUUUUAUUACAAUAUUAUAUCACAGCUGUUGUAUUCUUAACAUUAUACUACAGCUGUAUUGUUAUGGUGAGGAGACAUUUAUUAGCAUUCGUGGAAUGGGUCUCCAGUGCUACAGUAAGUUUUUAGAACAGGAGUUUGCGUGUUGCGAUUUCUCAGUAACACGAAGAGUGGCGUUUUUUUGGUUUUCAAGAGAGGGGAAAAAGAGAGGCUGGUGAAGGAACGACUGUAGAGCUGCUGUAACACAAGUGAUGAGAUCUAUCUCGUUCCUUAUAGUUACAUUAAAUGUUGUUAACUAUAAAAAGAAUGAUGUGGCAUUCAUUAGAUAAUGUCAAAUUGCCGUUGUAUAAGAGGAUUAAAACACUUCAGGAUGAUUCUUUUCCUAUAACGAUGCACCCCUGUGUGUUUUAUUCCUAAUUUAAAAUGCCUUUAAAGAGAAAUAACACCAGUUUGGCUAUUACUGUUUCUUAUUGGAACUUACCCACGAGGGAACUUGGAGGGAGUGACCUCAGUGACUCGUCGCUUGCUAGUUAAACGUGGCUUUAAUUCUAACCCAUAACUAACCGGUAUUGCAUAAGGCUAGCUGUUCUGAUGAAUAAUCAAGCUGUAUAUUAACCAGACAUCAUGGAGAAUCUAUUCCAGGACUCACCAGCAGCAAAAGGAAUUUGUUUAUGACUGGUUUACGGUGGUUUGAUUUAAAAACGUGGGUUUUGUCUGUGGAGAGUGGAACGGCCUCGGAGUGCGAGACUGUUUGUUUGUACUUGGUGUUACACUAUGCAGAUCAUUCAGUAGAAGCGAUGGAGGUGAAAGAUGUUGUGACUGACUGAAGGACAGGUCAUCUUUUAGCGCUGCAGAAAGAGAGUAAGUUUAAAGCCAGAAAUUUUAGACCACUGCGUACGUUGCAGGUCAGUAGUUGCACUUUGAGUUUGAUCUUUUACAAAAAAAAAAUUUCCUUUAUGCAUUUCUUAUCUUUAAUUUAAGACCUUUAGUCAGUUUUCAUGUCUAUUCACAUAGGCAGUAUUAAUGUCUCCCCUUUUGUAUUUAAGUGUUAAAUUGUGUAGUUGCUAUAAAAUUAGGCAAACUUGUUUUAUUUUCUUCAAAUUCACUAGUGUUUUAUUGAUGUCUGCAUUAAUAUUUAUUGAAUUGUUCCUUUUUUUGCUCUAAUGAUAAAUGUAAAAACAAAUUAAACGCAUUUUGAUAUGAAA